AUGGCGGCCCCCGCGAACGGCGUGCCAUACCAGGCUUACAGGUCUAAACGGCACAGCCGUACACCAUCUAAUGUCGGACUGUCCAACCCCACGUCUCCCGCCGCCGUGGAUGUCAGUCAACCCGUGCUCCCGGUGUCGAGUCCGAACGGCAAAGCGCGCGCUCUCGACUCUAAUGGUCUACUCGCAAGUGAUUCGGAUCCUGCGAGUGCUGUAUCUUCCCCGCAGAGGAAGCACGCCGGAUCUAUUUCGUCUCUAAAUGGAUCCAUCAACGGAAAUGGAAAUGGCAGGGCCGACGUCGUGCCCUGGGAGCGCGCCAACGUGUCUCCGCCACUCCCGCCCCGACCGACAUUGCAGACAACCCCGCCUGCGCCGCCAAUAAAGCUCUCGUCGCCGCCUCCCGCGACGUCCAGCAUGCCUUUGCCAUCAGCAUCACCCGCUCGGGCGCCGCAACCCGAUCUCCCGCCUUCGCCUUCAUCCUCUACCAGUUCUCCAGUUGCCGGAAGGAGAACCUCCACAUUCAGACGGGUACCUUUACGUGCUGUUUCGAAUGCUACACAACCGGUGCACCCGUCCCCUCUCAGGCCUUCUGGUGCACAUACGCGGACAAUAUCACUGUCCUCUGCCAAUCUCGCGCCCGCUCCACCCGCGAAAGACAGUCCGCGAACACGAUUGUCUUCAUACUUCGGCGGUACUUCGUCACCCGCGCCUUCAAUAUCACAGUCCAUCUCGCCUUUACGAGGCAACACGCCGCUACCCACCUCUCCCGCCAAUGAAAUCGCACAACCCUCUGCCCGUCCGGCGACCUCGUCUUCGCCUUCUAUUACACCUUCUCUGUCACCCGCGCCUGCCUCCACACCAUCACCCGCACCACGUAUCUCAACCGCGUCACCGGCACCCAGUCAGAUCCGGCAAUCUAUAUCUGGCUCAAGUCGGAUCUCUACGCCCACACCACGCACACCAGCGCCAUAUAGACCCGGGUUUCAACCGCGUGGUGUCUACAGACCGAGAACAGACGAGUUUGUAGAGGCCAGGGCUUUGCGGAGAGAUGUCGGGCGCGUGGAGCGGGCGAGAUUGGAGAGGCGUUUGGAGAAGCUCAUCGCGCUACACUUCGGUCCGGGAGCUUCCUCUUUGGAGAAUGGCGGAUUGACGACGGGAGAGAAGGAGAAGCCACACGCGCCGCGGCGGAUGUCUUCGUUAUGGGACCUUGGCAGCGCAGCGGCAGAUGCUUGGAAAGGCGGAGGCGUUGGCGCGCUGGCGGUCUCGCAGGGCGGGAAAGCAGACAUUCGGGCGGCGGAACAGGCCAUCGCUGCUUGGGAGCCCGAUAACGCUUCGCCCAACUGUUUCUCGUGCGGACAGGCGUUCCACGCGCUCACCAAUCGACGACAUCAUUGUCGGCUGUGCGGCCGUCUGGUAUGCGCGUUGCCGCCGAAGAGGCCGCAGAGGCCUGUCGCGUGCAGUACACUGUUCGUGGCAGAAGGAGACGGGAGGAUAGAAGAGGUUAAGGAGGGCGUUGAUUAUGGCGUGAGAAAACGUGCGGCGAGCAACGCGGGGAAGGAGGAGGGAGAGGACAAGUUCUUGAAGGGCGUCAGGAUAUGCAGAGAGUGCCGACCCGUGCUACUACGAAAGCAGUUUGCGCACGAAGCAGACCAGACGCCGCUUUUCGCACGGUUGUAUGCGCUCCUUCUGGCGCUUGAACAGGAUAUACUCGAUCAACUCCCGCAUUUCCGCGAGCUCGUAUACGCUCUGUCAACCCCAUCUACGCCAGUCGACGAUCAUGCUUCGCCUCACCACUCCUCACCUCAUCAAGAGAACGCUGCCGCGGCACGGAAGAAGCUGGUAGCGGCGUUCGCGCAGUACGAUGCAGCUGCUAAGAGGAUACGAGCGUUACCUGCCGAGAAGGGGAGCAGUCAGGCCAGGGUGCAGGCUGCUGUGGUAGUUAGGGCAAAUGCGUUUUUGCAAGAGCACAUGGUACCACUGCAGAGUUUGCCCACACUCAAAUCCCGAGCCGCUGCCUCCAGUCCAUCCACAAUGUCGCCGGACUUGCCGGUACUCGACUCAGAUACAUCACAAGAAGCACAUGCUGCUCUUCAGCCUUUACUUGAACAAGAGGCAUUGCUGGAAGCGUUCGUGGAGCAGGCUGUGGCAGGACGGAAGUUCGAAGACGCGAAGACUCUAAGAGCAAACUUGGAAGAGAUCAGAGGGGAGAUUGCCAGAGUCGUGAGGGCGCAAGGCUGA